CUAUCUCUAACUUGAUCGUGGUCCACUGGACUCGUGUGUCAUCCGCACUCUUGACUUGUGUGAGGACUGAAGACAUGGGACCGAGGGCUCUCCGAAGUUGGGGAGACCCAAACAACUUCUUCCGACAAGUUGAGCGGAUUCCUCGUCAUUUUCACUUAAAAACAAACUAAAAAGCGAAAGAAGCUAGAUGACAAGUGUGUUUUGGAUACCUAGGGCAAAGUGCCACACCUUCUCGUAGCGCAACAGCUCCAUCUCUCAGCUGGCCAAAUGGGGUGUCAAUGCUGCCGCAUGAUGAAAAGUUACAUCUCAGACCCCUCGGCGGCGGUGGACGCGAGAAAGACAGACCUGUACCGAACGCACAACGUCUCAGGGGGGGACCUCGGGGCACACUCACCCAGAGCCCAUCGCUCGCAGAAGGAAGAGAAGGAGGGCUUCCACAACCUUGCCUACAGCAUCUCCAGCGACAGCAGCCUCAGACUGGAGGUGGACAAAAAUCACGUCAACCACAGGCUGCAUGCCACGGCGCCGCCUAGCAACCAGCCGCAACAACAGGCCAGCGCCCCCCCAGCGGAGGGCGGACUCUAUAUCAUCCAACCGAACGCUCUCGGGCCACAAUGGGUGAUGCAGGACAAACGCCACAGUCAGGUGCCGGUGUACCCCGCCUUUCAGGCCUACGACAACCAGAGAACCUUCGGCGGGCUGAGACCCUGGGACGGCCCUGUCACCCAGUGCGUGACCACCAACGGGAGCCUGUCGGCGGACGAGGUGGACGAAGGCGUUGGGGGGACGCCCGAGUACCCGUGCGACACCGGGGAUGAGGAGAGCGUCUUGUCGGUGGACAUCCAGACCAGCACCGCCAGCCUGUGGUCGACCGACACCAGAGACGAGCGUCGAUCCAAGGCGGGGGACGUGUCCACGGUCGAGAGCGGCAUCGGUGUGACAAAGAGCGAGGACGAGGAGGAAGAGCCCCGCGAUGAGGCGGCAAGCGUCACAGACUCUAUGGUAGCCGAGGCGCUCGCCGCCCUGGAGGCCGCCACGGCCGGGGAGGACGUGGAGUAAGCGUGACUUGCAUCAUGGAGGCAAACCGUUUACGAGGUGGAUGCAGGUUUGAAGCCGGAGAGAUUGCUGCAAGGCGUGUUAGCACUCCACAGUCAUCACAAACUGUGAACCCUAAGCAUGGAGUCAGCGUUUCCUCAAACCUAAGACGAUUUUGCUUCAUGAUAACUUUUUAAUCGCCGUUUCCUCCUGGCUCGUGACAUCGACUCAUCCUCCAUGAUGAGCUGAUUGAGGCUGGAAACUUCUAAACCAAGAUCUGAACUCAUCAUUUCUGCCAUUUUCUCUUGGCUCAUUUAUACAAUA